AUGGUAAACAGUAUGUGUAUGUAUUCAAAAAAAAAAUGUGAUGAAGAAAAGAGCAAAAUAAAAACAUUUACAUUAAUCCCAACUCUUUUAUAAACAGCUAAAUCUCAUCUUCUCAUAGCUUAUGUUACGUUAUGACCCCUAGUUUUAUGCACCCUUCAAUUUAUUCUCCAUUCAUAACCAUCGAUCUCUUCUCUCUUCUUCUCUCCGGUGAACCUAACAAAUUGUAAGUUUCUUCCUCUAACAAUAAAAAGAGGUUCUUGCUCAUUAAAAACACAAAAUCAAAGAAAAUAAAUAUGGGACGUGUUAAAUUGGAGAUAAAAAGAAUAGAGAAUACUACAAAUCGACAAGUUACAUUUUCAAAACGUAGAAAUGGACUCAUUAAGAAAGCUUAUGAACUUUCUAUUCUUUGUGAUAUCGAUGUUGCACUCAUUAUGUUCUCUCCUUCUGGACGUCUUAGCCAUUUUUCCGGUAAAAAAAGAAUCGAGGAUGUCUUUGCUCGUUACGUUAAUCUCCCAGACCAAGAAAGAGAACAUGCUAUAUAUCCUGAACGUAGCAGACAUCGCGAUUUUCAAAACAAAGAGUAUUUGCUAAGGACAUUACAGCAACUUAAGAGCGAAAAUGAUAUUGCUCUUCACCUUGCCAAUCCGACGACUAUCAACUCUGAUGUCGAGGAGCUCCAACAAGAAGUUUCUAAUUUGCAGCAACAACUCCAUAUUGCAGAGGAACAAAUAAGAACAUAUGAGCCAGACCCAAUGAAAUUGCCAUCAAUGAGAGAGCUGGAAUCAAGUGAGAAAAAUCUUGUUGACACCUUAACACGUGUUAUGCAAAGAAAGGAAUUUUUAUUGAGCAACCACCUAUCUUAUGAUCCGUCUAGCGUGCAGCAAGCGACUUUCGAAGAUGAUGUUAUUGGAUGGUUACCCAACGGUGAUCAAAACCAUGCCCAAUCUUUUCCGACUUCUGCACCUCAAAAUCAUGCUCAAUUUUUUGAUAAUUUAAGAGAUCUAUCGUCGACAAUGUAUGAUCCAUUGUUGCAAGGAAGUAGCUCAAAUGGAGAUCAGACGCACAAUAUGGGAGAAUGUCAUGUUACAAACACUAAUAAUACUAAUUUCUCGACAUGGUCUCAGCCGUAUAGUUCGGCGGGGCUCCAUUCCGCCACCAUUCAGCCGCCCUCCUUAUACUCUCACCAAGUUCAGCAUGGGAUGGUGGGUCCAAACAUUGCAAAUAUGAUGCCACGUGAGCAAAUUGAAAUUGCAAUGAGUGGCCAGCAUGUACAUAUGGAGAAUGAAGCUGCAAAUUAUGAGAGCAGAGUACCUCAACUUAAUUAAUGGAUCACAAGAAAUAUCAAAAAUGUUUCUAAAUCUUGACCUAUAAAUCACAUUAUGUAAAUAAUUUAAAUUUUUACACUUUUAUAAUUCUUGUGUAUGAUAAACUGGUAUCAUCCCAAUUUUUUUUUUGUUUUACCAAUCUAAAUUUUGUAUCAUAUGGAUUGACUCAAAUCUACUAU